AGAAGGAAAAGAAAGGGAAGGAGGUGAUGAAGAUGAAUGAACCAGAGUUGGACGUCUUGAAGGAGAGGGACUUAAUAAAAAUGCCUACAGAAAAAGAAGUUGUAUGUGAAUCGACAUCAACUUUGCCAUUAGCGUUGAAGUCGAUUCUCAGAUAUGCUGAGAAGGUAAUGGAGAAAGAUUCCAGCAUCACUUUUUCACUACCCGCUGACCUUUUUGGCAUUAGUCGAAAGACUUCUGUGCUUCGAGAGGAUAUCGUUGAUCUUUGUAACAUGAACGAAGUGAAAACGUUUACAUUGGUGGCCUAUAUGAUGUACUUGUAUUCAUCUGUUAGUGGUUCGAAAGAAAAUAUGCAGUAUGUCUUUGUAGAUCCGUCCCUAAUCUCUUCUGGAAACACACAAGAAUCUCGAAUUCGAAACUUGUGUAGUAGAUUGAUGGUGUCCAAACCCGACCAAGUAGUUCUUGCUCCUUUUAAUCCCGGGUAAGUUUAGUUAGG